UUCAUUUCUCGUUCUACUUUCUCUCUCUAAACAUUUCACUCUCUUUGUCUCUGUCUCUCUCGCACAUUUAUCUGGUUCGGGGUCGCCGACCACCGCCAAAUCUCUGCAAAUCGAAUUGCUAUUUGUGCAGUCUCUAUAUAUCUUAUCACUUGCCAGCUACUCCCUCACAAAGCAUAUGCAGAGCAACAUCAAUUUUGGCUCGCAAUUUCACGAUGCAAUUUGAAGAAAUCUACUGGAGAACCAUCGCUGUUGUCAAAUUUUGUGGAACUAAAAAUUGCAUUGUAUUCGAAGCAUUUCCGGUACUUGAUAUUGAUUGAAGCUGCUAUGUUAAAGUUCUGAAUAUCGGGAUAUUGGUCAUAAUAUAUUUCAAAGCAAACGUCUUUCAUUCGGUUAUCUUGACUGAUAAAAAAUUACAUUAAAUGUCGGAAGCUGAUAUGGCCGUCAUUAAACCUGAGUUGAUGAAGUCCUAUAUCUGGCUUCAGACUGCCGAUGGGUUAAUUCAGCAGGUGGAACAAGAGGUUGCUAUGUUUUGCCCCAUGAUAUAUCAGGAAGUUAUACAGAAGGGCAUGGGAUCUUCCAAGAACUAUGCCAUAUCUCUUCCACAACGAGUUAAUCCUGCAAUGCUGAGUCUCGUUCUUGAUUACUGCAGGUUCCAUCAAGUACCAGGUCACUCUAACAAGGAACGCAAAUCUUUUGAUGAGAAGUUUAUUCGAAUGGACACAAAGAGGCUUUGUGAACUGACAUCUGCUGCUGACAGCCUUCAGUUGAAGCCUUUGGUUGAUCUUACUAGCCGUGCUCUUGCACGAAUUAUUGAAGGAAAAACACCUGAGGAGAUACGUGAAAUAUUUCAUUUACCCGAUGAUCUUACAGAGGAAGAGAAGUUGGAGCCAUUGAAAAACACAACUGAUGAUCCACGAAUCCGACUUUUGAAUCGAUUGUAUGCAAAGAAGAGAAAAGAAUUAAAAGAAAGAGAAAAGUUAAAGAAUGCUGGGACUGGAGAAGAGCAUGUAGAUGAUCGCUCAGUUGAUGACCUCUUGUCAUUUAUUAAUGGAGAUUCUAAGAUGACUAAAGCUUCAAAGAAUAAAAAGAAGAACCGAAGAAGAAAGGAGAAGACUGCUUUGUUAAAUGAAUCCGUGGAAACAGACAAAAUGGAGACAAAUGGUCUUGAUUUUGUAGGCCAUGAUGUUGAGCAUGGUAUCGACUGUCAACUCAGUCCCAGUGAGUCAUCAAAGUUUCAAGACGUGGAAGAAGACUUUUUUGCUCGUAAGGUAGAGUUUGAUGAUGUGGAUAUGGAUGAUGAGAUUGACCCUGCAUUAAAGGAAAAGAUUGAUAGGGAGGUGGAAGAUUUUGCGCGGAGAUUAAAAAUAGACUGGCCUGAAAGGAUGCAAGAGAUUCUAUCCUUUGGUCAAGAAAGGAGGCCAGUGCAGGUUUCUCUUAAUGGCAGCGGUAGCUUGAGAAAAUAGGCAACAUUGUGGAGACCAUUUCAGUUUUCACCAUGAUCGAAUCGGGCCUACAUAACUCAUGAAAUUAACUUUUGGUGAGAGGAUCAUGCCAGAUCCAGAGCAGAAAUCAUUAGAGGAACUUCAACAGUCCCUCUCGGCCAAAUGGCUGGUCCAGUUUUGUCGGAUACUUCUUCAGGUGGUCUAUUGUGGGCCUAUGAGGCAAAGAUCGUGAAUGUUAGAUCACCCUGUAAGUUUCUUUAAAUUAUUAUUUUUUUUCUUUUUUUUCCACAAAAUUUUUGCCUUGCGGAGCUAGAAUCUAGAAUCGGCUUGGGGUGCAAGCUUUUGUAUGAAGGACUAGAGAUAAAAACGUGGUUGCAGCUGGUAAUGCUCAAUGGUCAUAAAACUUGUAUCAGAUUACGUCAAAUGCUGAUACUUGUUCCAAUAAACUAAUAAGCAGGAAUUUUUGUCAUUUAAUGA